AUAGCUGCGGAAAUGGAGAAUGAGACUACUGUCCAGGAAUUCCUCCUGGAGGGCUUUCCUGCUGUCCAGCAUCUGGGAAAAGUCCUCUUCCUGAUGCACUUGCUGGCAUACCUGGCAUCCGUCACAGGAAAUGCAAUCAUAGUCACUAUCACCUGCAUUGAUGCUCAUCUCCACACACCAAUGUACUUUUUUCUCAUCAUAUUCUCCUUCUUUGAGUGUUGUUUCAUAAGUUUGGUUAUUCCUAAAUUGAUGGUCAUCUUUCUUUUAGGCAAACAAACAAUUUCCUUUUCUGCUUGCUUUGUACAAGCCUUUGUAUUUGUAUUUCUGGGGACAGCAUGUUUCCUGCUAAUAGCUGUGAUGUCUCUGGAUUGGUACAUGGCUAUUUGCAGACCACUGCAUUACCCCACCAUCAUGAACCUGAGGACUUAUCUGUUCCUGGUCACAGCUUGCAUUUCUUUGGCUUUCAUUCUCAUUGCAGGUGUGGUUGUGAAAGUUUCCCAGUUAUCUUUUUGUGGUCCAAAUGUUAUCACCCACUUCUUCUGUGACCUUGGCCCUCUGAUCCACCUCUCCUGUUCUAACACAAAAUCUGUUGAAUUGAUGGCUUUCCUUUUGGCUUUGUUCAUCCUUAUUGUAUCCCUUAUUAUAACCAUCACUGCAUACAGCCAUAUAGUAGUCACAAUUGUUCAUCUUUCAUCAGCCAAGAACAGACAGAAAGCUUUCUCCACUUGCUCAUCUUACCUCAUUGUUCUCUUUCUGAUGUAUGGCAGCUGUGUCUUUAUAUAUGUAAAACCAAAGCAAUCCAGCAGACUGGACUCCAACAGAGAGGCUGCCCUUGUGAACACUAUGUUUACCCCGCUACUGAACCCCAUCAUCUACAAGCUAUGGAAUAAGCAAGUACACCAGGCUCUGAAAGAGAACAUGUGUAGAGUAAGAAUAUCAAGAUAA